CGCUGUCAGCACGUGUGAGGUUAUGAGACACAUCCCAGGGGCGAGAUUUGGCGAUUAGUGAGUUGCGAUGUGUACUUGUAUUAUAUUCUGACAGCAGCGGUCGUCAAUGGGGAUUCAGGCCUUCAGGUCGAAUCAAACAUACUCACGCCAGACAUUCUCUAAGCAGGUCCCAGGCCUUUUCAGUUUCAUCCCAGACCGGAAGGCUUCUGGCCUGUCGGUCUGUGCUCUGACGUUCAUCUACAUGCAAGUAUGUACGAGGCUACGUCGUACGGCUUGUUACGGCCUAUGCGGUCGCCGGUCUGGUCACCCGUCCCAGUCGGGCGCGAGGUUGGGCAUUGACAUUGGCAGUCGCUUCAAUGUCUGGGAAAGCCUGGCGGCUGCUACGACCUGCGCCACUCCUGCGCCUGCCUUCGCCUACAAUUCUGAGCAGGCCGGAGCGUGUAUAAAGGGCAGGACUGCCGGCUUAGUUGCCGAGAGCAUGUCAAAUUGCCAAUGGUCGAGUGAUUCUGCUCGCCAUCUUGACUUCCACUACAGCUCUCUCUGCAGACAAGCAUUCCGCGCGAGCCGGUCGGGUUGACCUCUCUUUGUGCUUUGCGGGAGUUUUUGCCUGUUGAGAUGUGUCGUGCCUUGUGUGCCUCUUGGGAACGCCGUGAAGCACACAUUAGUGCGGCACAGCGCGCACCGCACUGCGGCUGCCUGCGCCUGCAAAGUAGAGUCGGCAGCCUGGCCGGGUGGGUGUAGAGGAGCUUCUACCCAGAAUCCAGCGGACUGCGUCCUAAUGCCAUCACGCCAGCUUCACUUAGUGGUUCAUGUCUGGCCGGACAUCUGGAAAGGGGGGU